GAAAAUAUCCAUCUACUCUGAGAAUCCUGUAACCUUUGUGCUUGGAGAAAGAAGGAUCAGCCCUGCACUGCGAUGUCGUCGUGGAUAUUAGCAGGCUUGGGAUCUCUCGGACAGGCGUUAAUCGGGAGAGUGAAGGAUCAGAUCAGCGACUAUUUGAUCGGAAGGGUUUUGGAGGAGCCCGGAGUUGCUGACCUCGACAAGCUGAGGAAUACUCUUUCGGGGACUGAGCGCAUCAUCGGCAGAGUCGAGAACAUGUGGAUUAAAGAUGAAGACACGAAAAAGCGAUUGAAGGAAUUGCUGAUGAAACUGAAGGACACUGUUUAUGACGCUGACGACUUGCUUGAUGAGAUCCAGUUCCGGGUUCUGAAGCAACAGAUCGAGCAACAAGGAGCUCAGGGGUAUGAGGCAAGUAACCAAUCAUCUUCUUCUUCUGGUCUCCCUCCGAGGAUAAAAAGAAAAAAUUCUGAACGUGUCAGUCGCUUCUUCGGUAGAGAAGAUGAUGUGAUUAGAGUGAGGAAAAUUAAGAUGAAGUUAGAUAAAUAUAUUACUGACAUCGAGCAUUUCAUUGCUAAAUUAGAUGCUGCUGAGAAACAGAUGAUAACGUCAGUAGUGCCUCGAACCACCACUUCCUUUCCGAUAGAAACUCAAGUAUUCGGACGAGACGAACAGCUGAAUCAACUUCUGGGACUGUUGGUGCAAUCUGCCGACGGAUCCGGAUCUAGCUACAGUAGCAUCUCUACCUUAACUAUUGUUGGGAUCGGAGGGGUCGGAAAGACUACUCUUGCUCAGCAAGCCUACAACCACGAGAGGGUGAAGGACUAUUUUCAUCAUACGGUCUGGGUCUGUGUAUCCGACAACUUCAACGUGGAGAGGCUUACCAAAGAGAUCAUAGAAUCCUUAACCCGGAAUAAGUGCGAUCUCAACAACUUUGAUACACUUCAAGUGGUUGUUAAGGAGGAUUUGACCUCAAAAAGGUUCCUGCUUGUCCUCGACGAUGUGUGGAACGAGGACAGCCUGAAAUGGGAAAGAUUUUGUGCACCAUUGAGGUCCGGAGUACCAGGAAGCAAGAUUUUGGUUACAACUCGCUCUAGAAAGAUUGCAGAAAUGGUUGGCAAUCCGAUCCCUCUAUAUGGUCUGGAUAACGCCAGCUACUGGGAAUUUUUCAAGACAUGUGCAUUUGGUUCCGAAUACGCCGGUGAAUGUCCACAGCUAGAAGACAUAGCAAAGAAGAUCGCUUACAGGUUGAAUGGGUUACCACUUGCGGCAAGGACGGUAGGCGGGUUGUUGAAGUCGCAGAUGAAUGAGGAGCACUGGAGAAUCAUCGCAGGGAGUGAAAUAUGGCAACUACCGCAAAGCGAAGAGGGUGUCCUGCCAGUCCUACAAUUGAGUUAUCAAUGUCUUCCCACACACCUUAAGCGGUGCUUUGUUUUUUGUUCCCUGUUCCCCAAAGAUCAUCCGUUUGAUGGAGAACACUUGGUCCGGCUUUGGAUGGCAGAAGGCUACGUUGCUCAAGACAAUAUGAAAGACAAUAUGACGGUGGAGGCUGUAGGAAGUGGCUACUUCCGUGAGUUAGUGAACAGGUCUUUCUUUCAGGUAGCUCCGUGGGGAUCACAAUAUGUGAUGCAUGACCUCAUACAUGAUCUUGCUCAAUUUAUUUCAGAGGGAGAGUUUUGCAGGAUCGAUGAUGUUAAGUCAAAAGAGAUCCCUAACACAAUUCGUCAUCUAUCAACAAAAUUAACCGAAGAAACUAAGUUAAUAGAGUUCUCUUGUUAUGAGAAAUUACGAACUCUCAUGAUCAAUUAUGAAAGUCACUGGUAUGGCUUUGGAGUCGAUGGCUCUUUGUUCCUCCGGUUUGAAAGAUUAAAAAACAUUCGAGUGUUGAUAUUACGUUUCUUUGGCUUGCGGGAGUUGCCUGAGACAAUUGGUGACUUGAUACACCUCAGCUACCUUGACAUAUCCCACAACUAUCAGAUUUGGAGACUGCCAGAGUCACUAUGUGGUCUUUACAAUUUGCGAGUACUGGAUCUGUCUGAAUGUGAACUACAGAGUUUACCGCAUGGCAUGAGCAAGUUGAUCAACUUGAUGCAUCUUGAUGCAGCAGACAAAAUAAUUUCUGAGAUAAAUGAUGUUGGGAAGCUGACUUCUCUUCAAGGAUUGUGUUCAUUUAAAGUACUCAAGGAUCAGGGACACGAGGUUGCCCAAUUAGGCGGUCUGAAACAACUUCGACAACUUCGAAUUACCAACCUCGAGAACGUUAAGAGUAAACAAGAAGCAGGCAUGGCUAAUCUGAACAACAAACAGUACCUUGAUGAACUAGUCUUAGAAUGGACAUCAGAUGAUGGCUCCAGUUUGGACGGCAAUGAAUUAGUUGUGUCGGAGGAGGUACUUGAAGGUCUCCAACCACAUCAGGCUCUCAAACGUUUGACGAUCAGAGGGUACAUUGGUGUCAGAUCACCCAGUUGGCUGCAGACACAAUUGUUAGCGAACCUGAUAACUCUUGAUCUUUACAACUGCAAAGCAUGGGAGGAUAUUUCAUGCAUUGGACAGCUACCGAAUCUCAAGAAACUUUACGUGAAGGGAAUGCCUGCAGUGAAACAAAUAAGUCAUGGAUUAAGUACAGAGAGCAAGUUCUUGCCUAACCUGGAAGAGCUAGUGCUGGAGAACAUGGUGGCAUUGGAGGAACUCCCGAGUCUUGGACAACUGCCGUGUCUUAAGGUUCUUCGCACCGAUCAAAUGUCAACAAUGACGAAGGUGGGCCACGGGUUCUUUGGUUAUAGAGAUCAAGGCAAGUGUUUUCCUUGCUUGGAGGAGCUCAGGUUCAGCAGCAUGCCAGAAUGGGAAGAGUGGUCUUUGGCUGAUGGCCAACAGCUAUUUCCCUGCUUGCGAAAACUUGAAAUUGAAAGAUGCCCGAGGCUUAAGAGGAUGCCUCCCCUCCCUCCUUCAAUUGAAUCACUAUCAUUAUGUCAAGUCGGGUUGACAGAAAUCCAAAUAUUAUGGGAAGGAAUCGAUGAAAGUAGCAGCAGUAUGACCGUUUCAGAAUUGAAAAUAUAUAGUCUUAAAGAGGUCAAAUGCCCGAGGCUUAAGAGGAUGCCUCCCCUCCCUCCUUCAGUUAAGUCACUGUCAUUAUGUCAAGUCGGAUUGACAGAAGUACCAAGAUUGUGGGAAGAAAUCGAUGAAAGUAGCAGCAGUAUGACUGUUUCAGAAUUGAAAAUAUAUAGUCUUGAAGAGAUUAAGCUGGAGGACAUCCCAGAAUGUGAGAGACUCCCUUGUCUUGGUCAACUCCCGAGUCUCAAGGUUCUUCGCAUCCAGAGAAUGCCAGCAGUGAAGAAGGUGGGCGAUGGAUUCUUUGGUUCUAGAGACCAUGGCAAGUGUUUUCCUAGCUUGGAAGUGCUCACGUUCAUCAACAUGCCAGAAUGGGAAGAGUGGUCUUGGGCUGAUGGCCGACAGCUGUUUCCCCGCUUGCGAAAUCUUGAAAUUAAAAGAUGCCCGAGGCUUAAGAGGUUGCCUCCCCUCCCUCCUUCACUUGAAACAUUAGAAAUAGAUGAAGUCGGAUUGACAGAACUGCCAGGGUUAUGGGAAGGAAUCCAUGGAGGCGGCAGUUGCAUAACUGCUUCUCUUUCAACAUUGAGAAUACGAAAAUGUCCAAAUCUAAGAAAUCUGGAAGAGGGGUUGCUAUCGCACAGCAACAUUGAGAUUGCGGAAUGUGCGGAACUCAAGUGGCAACCGGUGAAGGGGUUUAAAGAACUCACCUCCCUUGCGGCAUUGUCACUCUGCAGUUGCCCGAAUCUCAUGGGUAUGACGCGAGAUUGGGCAAUUGACAUCCUCCUCCCUCCCUCAAUCGAGGAACUAGUGCUGUCUGACUGUGGGAAUCUGGGAAAAUUGCUACCGGGCUGCCUGCACAACUUGACCUCACUCACUCGAUUGGAAAUAGGCGACUGCCUGUCCAUAGAAUCUCUUCCAGAAACGUCGCUGCUUCACCUGAAACGACUUCAAUCUCUGAGCAUUUGGCACUGUGAUGAGUUGAGAUCAAUAGACGGGUUGCGAGUUCUGGAAUCCCUCAGAGAAUUGACCAUCAAAUUAUGUCCCAAGCUGUUGCUGAAUGAAGGGAAUGAGCAAGUGGAGGGUUCGUCGGUAACUGAAUUAUACAUCGACGACACAGCCCUGUUCAAACUAUCGCUCUUAAGAAGGACACUUCCAUCCGUCCAUGCUCUCACAAUCUCAAACUUUCCUCGAGCGACGAUGUCUGAUGAGGAGGAGCAGUUGUUGCGAAGCCUCACAGCUCUCAAAUGGCUAGAAUUCGAGGAUUGCAAGAAUCUACAAUCGCUACCGAGAGAGUUGCAUGUCCUUCCCUCCCUCCGGCUUCUAGCAAUAAUUGGAUGUCCGGAGAUUCAGGCGCUACCUGAGAAGGGGCUUCCGACGUCCCUCAGCAAUCUACAUUUCGAAGACUGCCAUCCGAGGCUGACGGAGCAGCUGCAAAAGCACUUGGCCGAGAUUAAGAGCUCGGGUCGAUUGGCGAUACGUGAAGAUACAUGGAGCAGCUUGGAUUAUCGUUUAAAGAAGCGUUUAAGAAGGAAGUUACGUCAAACAACAUUGCACUUUUAG